UCCUAGUCGUGGUUCUAGGAGGUUCAACCAGCGUCCAGCGACCAGUGCUUGUGUCGUGCCGUGUGUAGUUAGUCUUCCGCUCAUCCCCAGUGUAUCCCCCGAAACUCCUUUUCGAAGCUCAGCCGUGUGAUCUAAACAAAAAUGAAGCCAUUCUUUAUUGCCGCAGCCCUGCUGGUCUCGACGGUGUCCGCCUCGUGGCACGGAGCCGUCUCCACACAGUACCAGCACCUGGACCCGCACAGCCACACCUACUCCUACGGAUACGCCGAUCCCAACUCACAGAAGCACGAGUCGCGCGGCCAUGAUGGCACCACGCACGGCUCCUACUCCUACGUGGACGGUCAUGGUCACGUGCAGUCAGUGUCCUACACCGCGGAUCCGCAUCACGGCUUCAAUGCCGUGGGCACCAACCUGCCACAGGCUCCCCACGCUCAUGCCGCCCCCGUCUACGCCGCCGCCCACUCGCACGGCGCCUAUGUGCCCUACGCCCACGGCCACGCCCACGGACCCAUCCACAUCCCGGUGCUGACCCACGGCGGAGUUCCUGUCGAUACACCCGAGGUGCAACACGCCAAGGCCGCCCAUGCCGCCGCCCACGCUGCUGCCGCCCACAAUGCCGGCGGACACCACCUGUACAAGCGGUCGAUCUACGGCGGAGGCUGGGCCUACGGACAGGCCGCCCACGUGCCGCUGACCCACGGAGGCGUGCCCGUCGACACGCCCGAUGUGCAGGCCGCCAAGGCCGAGCACUAUGCCGCCCACGCCAAGGCCCUGGGUCAGGUGGCCCAUGCCCACGGAGCUCCCGUUGAGACGCCUGAGGUGCAGCACGCCAAGGCCGCCCACUUCGCCGCCCAUGCCGCCGCCCGCUCCGGACAUGCCAUCGCCCCAAUUGCCCACGGUGGCUACCACGUGCCCGUGAUCCAUAAUGGAGUGCCCGUCGACACGCCCGAGGUGCAGCACGCCAAGGCCGCCCACUACGCCGCCCUGUCGCAGGCCUCCGCCCACGGAGGUGCCUCCCACGGAGGAUCAUCCUGGGACGAUGGCCACUACGACGGACGCUGGGAGCAGAGCCACAGCAGCUACGCCACCGGCUACGCGCACAAGGGACCCAUCCACAUCCCGGUGAUCCACAACGGAGUGCCCGUGGAGCCCGCUGAGGUGCAGCACGCUCGUGCCGCGCAUCUGAAUGCGGUGGCUGCCGCCGGACACGGAGGAGCCCCCAGUCAUGGUGGUUACUAUGGCGGAAACGGACACGAGGAUGAUGGCCAGUACCAUGCGCACUACGACCACUACUAAGGCGAGGGGUCGGAACUCGAGUGGGGUUUCACAUCCGAUUGACGACGAGCAUCUCUAUACUCUCUGCCCAACCGACUACCGCAGCCAGCGUUGCGUAUGCGUAACGUUGAUAUUGCGCAUACGUAACCGAGUGCGACUUUAAAGCAGCAUUCCCAUCUCUGUAUCUAUCUGUCUAUUAUCUGUCUCCUUACUGUAACUAUCUUUCACUCUCUGAGAAAUGUCCACAUAAAGCAACUAUAAACACACGGAAAAGCGACUACACCCGGGAGAUUGAAGUUGUUUCUGAAAACGGCUUCCUUGCCCGCUGGGUUUCGAUCGAUUUGGAUUCAAGUCCAGGUCACGGCACACACAUCUACCUACUUACAUCUCUCUGUACCAGCCUUUCUCUUCCCCUUCUCCCUUUCCCCAAACUCUCUAUUCUUCUUGUGUUACUUCAAUUGAGAAACGCUGUAUGAGUAUGUUGUAAAUAACUGUUGUAAUCUUUAUGUAUCUGACCAGAUAUAAAUCUAUAUUUUAUAUGAAACUGCAAACAGACAAAUAAACUGCAAAAAUGUA